AUGGAGGCGACGCCAAUCAAAACAGGUAGCCUGGUUGAGCGCGAACCCUCGGCGGGGGUGGAGAGCGAAAAAUCUGGGGAAAAGGGCGGAGAUAUGAAAAAGGUCCCUUCUAUUCGGGAAGUGCCUCUUCCGUAUUACGAUGACGCUGAAGCACUCUCUAAAGAGAAUGCAGCUCCCAUUGCAACCGCGGAGGAGAUAGUCACUCAUGUCAUUCAUGUUGACGAUGACCCAACACUCAAUCCAUGGACCUUUCGCAUGUUCUUCAUUGGUCUUGGAUUGUCCGCAUUCGGAGCGGUCCUGCAAGAAAUCAUGUACUUCAAGCCCCAGGUUGUUUUCGUCUCGGUCAUGUUCUUGACUGUCCUUGCUCAAACCCUGGGCACGGCUAUGUCUACCUUCAUCCCACGAAAAGGUGUCAUUGGACGUUUUCUUAAUCCUUUCCCGUGGAACCGAAAGGAACACACUGCAGCAGUCCUCAUGUCAUCGGCGGCCGCCGUCUCGGCCUUGUCAACAGAAGCUUUGGCUGUGCAAAAGCUCUGGUACGGAGGAUAUCCUAAUCAAGCUGCGGGAAUCUUCAUUACUCUUUCUUCACAACUUAUUGGGUAUGGCGUUGCCGGCAUGAUGCGGAAUGUUUUGGUAAAUCCCACCUCAAUGUUGUACCCCGUCAAUCUACCCAUUACGACUGUCAUGGAAACCUUGCACAAGCCCAAAGUGGAGACCAAGCAGAGAUUCAAGGUAUUCUGGAUCGUAUUUGCGGCAAUCUUUUGCUGGGAGUGGUUCCCCGAGUAUAUCUUCCCACUUUUGUCUGCGGUUUCCAUUUUCUGCUUGGCGGAUCAAAGUAAUCCAGUCUUCACAAACCUCUUCGGAGGUUCUCAGGGUAACGAAGGCAUGGGAUUGCUGUCAGUUUGCUUUGACUGGAAUUACAUUGCUGGACUCGGAUCACCACUCUGGAUGCCGCUUCAAACCCUGGUCAACAGUUUCAUCGGUUAUCUCGGAUGUAUUGUCCUCUCCAUGGCACUUUACUACGGAAACGUUUGGAGAGCCAAGGAUUUCCCUUUCAUGUCUCAGCUUCUCUAUGACCAGACCUCAAACACGACCACCUUUGUCCAAUACAAUGAGACUGCAAUUAUGAGCCCGGACUUCACUGUGAAUACCACUAUGAUAGAUCAGGCUGGAGCACCUUAUCUCACUGCAACAUACGUGAACUAUCUCAUUACAUCCAACGCUGGGCUCACUGCCACUAUUGUUCACAUGUUGCUCUGGAAUUACGCUGAAGUCAGUCUUGGAUGGGCUUGGAUGACACUAAACAAUAUAAAGAAGAUUUUAGAUCCUUCCCUUUAUAUGUUCUGGCGGCACACUGGUGUUCGAACCGAGGAAGAGAAGGAGCGAAUUCGUCAGGACCCUUCUAUUGACCCUCAUUAUAAAUUGAUGCUUGACUAUGAUGAAGUCCCAAGUAGUUGGUAUUUCAUAGUGUUUGCUGUCAGCUGGAUCGUUGGUCUUGUAUGCUUAUACGUGAUGAAGUCCACCCUUCCGUGGUGGGGCUUUAUUAUCGCGACCCUCUUUCUUGUGGUCUUCACGAUCUUCUUUGGGGCGCAGUAUGCCAUUACGGGCUUCCAAUACAACUUGCAGCCAAUUUUCCAAAUGCUUGCUGGUUACAUGAUGCCCGGACGUCCUUUGGCUAAUAUGUACUUCACUACGUACACCUACAAUGGUAUCACGCAAGGACAGCUGCUUCUCCGUGACCUGAAACUGGCUCAACAGAAUAAACUGUCACCGAAAGCUACGUUUGUCACCCAAGUUAUGGGUUGUGUCAUGGGCGCCCUUCUCAACUAUGUCAUGAUGAUAACCAUUGUCGAAAAUCAAGCAGAUAUCCUCAAGUCCGCCGAAGGAACGAACAUUUGGUCCGGCUCCCAAAUCCAGCAGUUUAACACGCUCGCCAUUGCUUGGUCUAUUGCCCCCAAGAUGUUUUCCAUCGGUGCUCGCUACGAAUGGGUCACAGCAGCUUUCCUGGUCGGCUUCCUUGCUCCAUUGCCAUUCUAUCUCAUGCACCGUUUCUUCCCUCACCAACGAAUUUGGUCAUACCUUAACUCGGCCAUUAUUCUGUGGUAUCUUGGUGAACUAUUUGUUGGUUUGAAUGCUUCUCUCACCAGCUACUACAUUCUGGGGGCUUUCGGUCAGUUCUAUCUACGACGUUACCGACCGCAAUGGUUUGUGAAGUGGAAUUACCUUAUGUCCGCUGCACUAGACGGUGGCACACAAGUGAUGGUGUUCUUGGCCACAUUUGCAGUUUUUGGUGGUUCUGGGAACUCGGUUGCUUUCCCGACGUGGGCAGGUAAUCGUGCAGACAAUUUCGACUAUUGCGCAUACAACCCCCAAAGUUGA